AUGGGAAAUGGAAGUGGUUUGAGUAACUAAAAUCAAGAUAAAGGAAUUUUGAAUACUCGUAGAAACAAUAUUAACCUAUUAGUACGUUAAAUCACAAAUCAAUUUAUGAAGGAAAAAAUACAAGAAAUUUUGAGACUUGAUUAAGAAUUAAAUGAAAUAUGGCAAAAUCUGAAUGUAGAUAAUUAGAGAGAUUUUACAAUUGCUUUAAAUGGAUCUUAUCGGGGUACAAGAGAUGAAAAUGAUAGACAAUGUGGUUUUGGGGAGUUAAUUUCAGAUAAAUAGGAUAAAUAUUGUUUAGGUUAUUGGUAAGAUAAUGAAUUGAACGGUAAAGGUUGUACUUUGUUUAUAGAAGAAAAUUAAUAAUAUCACUAUUAUUAUGGUAUAUUUGAUAAAGGAAAUCCUCAUGGAAGAGGUACAUUAAAAUAUAGCGAUGGUUCGAAUUAUGAUGGGUAGUGGUUAAAUGGAAAUAUGACAGGAAGUGGAACAAUUUAUAUAUAUAAUACAUUAUAAUAUUAAGGAUAUGUGAAGAAUCGUAUGAUGCAUGGAAAGGGUAAAUUAUAUUUAUCUUCAGAUCCUGGAAAUUAAAAUUUCGGAUCAGAUGAUUAAUUUAUCACAAGAGGAGGGAUUAUAAUGGAAGGACAAUUUUAUGAAGAUAAUUUAUGUGACGGUACAAUUAAAAGUCAGACUGGAAUCUAUAUAGGAUAGAUGAAAGAUGGAUAAAUGGAAGGAAGAGGAAAAUUUAUUUGGAAUGAGAAUAAUUUCUAUCAUGGUGAAUUCAAAAAUAAUAUGAGACAUGGAAUAGGUUCUAGCAAAAAUUAAAAUGGUUAAAUUGAAAUUGCUAAAUGGGAAAAUGAUUAAAAAGUUUAAGUUUUAAAUUUAUAAUGA